GUUGUUAAAGGACUACAAGUCCCACACGUCACGCGUGAGGAAGGAGGUGGCCUCGCCAGAGGUGACCCCCAAGCCUCCAAGCACAAGCGGCUGAGUCUUCCUCCAUCCUCUCCUCGCUUCUCUUGCUCGCUCGUCUCCUCGUCCAAGAUGGCUGAACCAAUCCGAGUUGUGGUGACCGGCGCGGCCGGACAGAUCGCCUACUCGCUGCUCUACAGCAUCGCUAAGGGCGACGUCUUUGGGAAGGAGCAGCCCAUCGUCCUGGUGCUCCUGGACAUCCCGCCAAUGCUGCCGGUGCUGGAUGGCGUGGUGAUGGAGCUUCAGGACUGCGCCCUCCCGCUGUUGAGGGAGGUGAUCCCCACCGACAAGGUGGAGGUGGGCUUCAAGGACAUCGACGCCGCCAUCCUGGUGGGCUCCAUGCCCAGAAAGGAGGGCAUGGAGAGGAAAGACCUGCUCAAGGCCAACGUGGCCAUCUUUAAGACGCAGGGCGCCGCUCUGGACAAGUUUGCCAAGAAGACGGUCAAGGUUCUGGUGGUGGGCAACCCGGCCAACACCAACUGCCUGAUCGCCUCCAAGUCGGCUCCGUCCAUCCCCAAGGAGAACUUCUCCUGCCUGACCCGGCUGGACCACAACCGCGCCUGCUCGCAGGUGGCGCUGCGCUGCGGCGUGUCCUCCGACAAGGUCAAGAACGUCAUCAUCUGGGGGAACCACUCCUCCACGCAAUACCCAGACGUUCACCAUGCCAAGGUCAACGUGCGCGGCGCCGAGGCGUCCGCGUACGACUGCGUCAAGGACGACGCCUGGCUCAGGGGAGCCUUCAUCUCGACGGUGCAGCAGCGCGGCGCCGCCGUCCUCAAGGCCAGAAAGCUGUCCAGCGCCAUGUCGGCCGCCAAGGCCAUCUGCGACCACAUGAGGGACCUCUGGUUCGGCACCAAGGAGGGUGAGUUUGUGUCCAUGGGCGUGUACGCCGGCGGGAACUCUUACGGCAUCCCGGAAGACCUCAUCUACUCCUUCCCCGUCCAGAUCAAAAACCGGAGCUGGAAGAUGGUGGACGGCCUCAGCGUCAACGACUUCUCCCGGGCCAAGAUGGAUGCCACAGCCGCCGAGCUGGUGGAGGAACGCGACACCGCCCUGGACUUUCUGUCUCAGUGACUGAGACCGGUCGACCCCGCUUGCCACCUUUGCUCUCGGCUGUGAAGACCGACAAACCCGCGUGUCCCGCCAUCACCCGCACUCUCCCAGUGUGUGUGUGUGUUUGUUUUUGUUGUCCUCAGGCAUUUCAAACCUGUCAAUCAUCACAACCUGGCGUUGGCAAAAGCACUCAUAAGCAACAAAAGAAUAAUAAACCCAUCAGGCUGAACGACAAAA